UUUCACACACAAUUAACUAUAACAACCUCAAUUGUCUUAAGUAUGUCUUUUAGUUUCAACAAUCACUUUUCCAACACCAACAAUAACAUCACCACCUUGGAUAUUACUAAAUUUGUUGAAACUUCUUCUCUAAAAACUCAUGAUGAUGAUCAUUUUGCACUUGAUGAUGUAAUUUACCCUUCUUAUUCUGAUUUUCCACCUGGGUUCAGCCCAUCAGAGUUAUUGAAUUCACCUUCCUUUCUUUCUUCUUCUAAUAUUCCUUCAUCUUAUACAAAUGAGCCUUCAACUGUCCAAAGCAUGAACCAACAGCAUAGCAAGGAAUUAGAAGAGAGAAACUUCUCUGAGCCCUCUUUCCAAACACAAAAACAGACCAUGCAUGAUCUCUUUCAAUCUUCCACAAGUAUGUUUCAAGUGGAGGAACCACUAAAGACACAUGACACAUUGAUAUUCAAUGAAUCUACAAAGCAAACAAAUUUUUCAUUUGAAGGAACAACAAAACAUGAAGCACAAACUAACUCUUCAGUUCCUAAUUCUAGUUAUUUUAACAACACUAGUGCUUCUAUGUCUAUAAGAGAACAAAGAAAAUCAGAAGAAGAUGGAUACAAGUGGAGAAAAUAUGGAGAGAAACAAGUGAAAGGAAGUGAAAAUCCAAGAAGUUAUUACAAGUGCACUAAUCCAAUUUGCUCAAUGAAGAAGAAAGUUGAAAGGUCUUUGGAUGAUGGACAAAUUACUCAAAUAGUAUAUAAAGGAAGUCAUAACCAUCCUAAGCCUCAGUGUACAAAGAGAAGAGCAAAUUCUCAAUAUAUUCAUCAACCUUCUUCAUCAUGCAACAACUCUAUGGUCUCUGAUCUUUCUUUGGGAGAGGAUGAUUUUGAUCAAACAUCACAAACUAGUUUUUCUGGUGGAGAUUAUGAUGACUUGGGAAUAGAGGCUAAAAGAUGGAAAGGAGAGAAUGAAAAUGAUAGCUAUUCUUACUCCACAGAAGGGUGUAGAACUGUUAAGGAACCAAGAGUUGUGGUUCAAACUACAAGUGAAAUUGAUAUUCUUGAUGAUGGAUAUAGGUGGAGGAAAUAUGGACAGAAAGUAGUUAAAGGAAAUCCAAACCCAAGGAGCUACUACAAAUGUGUAAUCCAAGGUUGUACUGUGAGAAAACAUGUUGAGAGAGCAGCACAUGAUAUUAAAGCAGUAAUCACAACAUAUGAAGGGAAACAUAACCAUGAUGUACCUCUAGGAAGAGGAAUUUCAAGCAGUAGCAUAAACAGUACUUCUCUUAACAACAAUACAUGUAAUGUUACACCUAUAAGGCCUUCAGCAGUGACUAAUUAUUCUAGCUUAGCAAAUUUUACAAAUUCACUUCAUGAUUCAAAGCUACCAACUUCUGAAAAUCAAGAACAUUUUCAGCUGGACAUGUUGAUGAAUUCUAGAAGCUUUUUGGACAGAUCAAUUGGUUCAAAUACCAAUUCUGAACAAUACGCAACUAAGGAUGACUCAUUCCUUCAAUCUUUUGUAUUGAAGAACAUUUAAUUUGGAAUUAGAACGUUACUCGUCAGCUUGGAUCCUCUGUAGUCCUCCAGUUGGUGCAUAAAAUUUCGAACCAUUGGAUUUGAGGUGCAACUCAAUCCAACGGUCGAGAUCUUGCUACACCGAUUUGAUGACUCUAGAGGAUCUAUUUUCCA